AUGGUGAGUUCGCCUGCCCCCGAUUCGAGCUCAAAGGAGGGGAGCCAAGGGCCUCGCCAGAAUGUGGUUGGGAAUCCACGAAGAGCCCCGAAGUCACGAGGAGGCUGUCUUCGAUGCAAGACAAAACGAUUGAAAUGUGAUGAAAUGAAGCCGGGCUGUUACCAAUGCGUGAAAAAGAACAUAGAGUGCCCAGGCUACAAGCCGAAGGCAUUGGUAUGGUCAACCAAGCAUGAGAAGCUGCUAUCGAAGGGUUCAAAUGAUUCGCUUCCACCUGAAUCGAGGACGCUGGCUCUCAACUUAGCAAAUUCUGUCUCGGGGCAUGAACAUAAUGAUUCGGGGAAAGAGCCGGCCGACGGAAGCAACACUGUUGUCGAAGGGGAACGAGAGCCAGGUGUUGAGAGCCCAUUGAGCAUGAACUAUCACCAGUCGCCCAUGGACGCUACUCGACGAGACUCGGGUACCUAUACAGACAGUCUCACAGCGAUUCGCCAGCAACUUCACCGCUCCACAGUCCCUGAAUUCUUACUUCAUCUACCAACCAUGCUAGUCGAGUAUUACUUCAGCUACGUGUGUCAGAUCUUCUCAUCGUUUGACGGCACACUCAAUCCUUUCCGGUCGACAGUCGGGCGAUUAUGGGAUGGGUCGGCUCCUAUUUACUAUGCUAUACAAAGCAUGGCAGCAGCUUAUCUCGCAAACCAUUUCCCACGGAUGUCUCCCGUCGGGAUACAGAUGCAACGGGAAACAUACAGGUCUCUUUACCGGGUUCCUCAAGGAGGCAGAGAUCCUUCCGAGAAUCUCGACAAGACUCUGUUGACAGUGCUUCUGGUUGGACAAACGACCGCAUGGCAUGACCCGAAAGAUUUGGGCCUGGUUCACUUGAAGACAGCGAAAAGAUUGAAUAGGCGCAGACUUGACCAGCAAGUAGGUGCUGUCGAUAACAGGGCACGGCGGCAAAACGACUUUUUCGAGCAGUGCAUCCUUUAUUGGGACAUGUUGGCUGGUUUCGUAGAGGACGAUAUCGACGAAUUUGGCUUUGGGGAAUUUGAUAUGGAGGGAUUGAAUACUUCAAUGACUCCGGGAAGUGAUAGUUCAACAUCAGGGAAUGAGGGAGGUCAAAUCUUUCCUCACCCUUGGACCGGCGUUGCACCAAAAGUCCAAAAAUUAUUCGCACAGGUGGGUCGACUUAUUCGAAACUACCGGAAGAUCAAAGCUCAAGAUGCUGCAUCAUCGCUGGAUUUCUUAUCACUGGAUCUCGGAUUGGAGAUGGAGUUCCCACAGGAUUCAAUAGCAACCAUCGAAACAACAGCAAAAGCACAGGCUUUGGAGGAAGAGCUUCUCUCAUUCGAAACUCCGUCAGUAUCAAGUCUAGUGGAUGCAGGUGACGAAAACACCCCAGUUCAGCAAUACAUCUACCUUGCUGAAGCCUAUCGUUGCGCGGGCCUCCUUGAAAUAUACCGCAUAUUUCCGUCCAUCCUCUUUAAACGGGUUCCCUUCACCGACAACACUUUCGCCUCCUCUUCCUCUGCCAACCAGAUCUCUCCUUUCCUCCCAAUCCCGACGACUCAACCACCAUCCGAUUUCCUCAUAUCUCUUGCUAUGCACACCAUCUCUCUUCUCGAGAAGCUCCCAUCCACCUCAGGAACCCGCUGUCUCCAACCAAUUGUCCUCAUCGCUGCUGCUAGCGAGCUUCAUUUUUCUCCUCCACCAAUCUCAAUCUCCGAUCCUCUAUCUCAAUUCACACCCGCGACAUCCAGCUCAAUAUCCAACAGCUUAACAAACAGAGAAGUUGAUAUCGCCAGUGCGAGGAGGUUUGUGACGACGAGGCUGCAGGAGUUCCAAUUUAGUUUGCCGGCGAAACCGAUUGUCAAGGCGGAGAUGUUGGUCAAGGAGACGUGGGAAAGGGCGGAUCUGGGUCAGGAGGUGUUUUGGAUGGAUGUUAUGGAUGAAAUGGGGUGGAAGACGAUCUUUGGAUGA